AUGGGUCACAAGUUCUCCACGGUACACGGGGUGAAGUCCAACAACUUCUACGAAUCAGGAAACGCCAUCAAUGAAAUCUGGCUGGGAAACUUGGAGAUUAUCUCCAGACUUCCGUUUGGUGACUCCGACAUUCGUCAAGCCGGCUGGCCCCAGGGCACCUGGCCCAAAAUCCCAUGGCAUCAAUUCAUCAUUCCGUUGAAACGAGAUAUUCAUCCUGUCGCGUGUGACGGUCCUGCGUGCCAUCCGGCGCCGUCCAUGCAAACUUCACUAGCUCUUCGCCGCCGAGUCGUGUCAUUUUACGUGGCGUCACUGCUUGUCCUGCUGAUGAUACUCAUCAGACUUUUGGUCAAAUUAUCACUGAGAUGGAACAGAGUCGUUCCCAUCCACCUAAAAGACCCGGAGAACUCCAUAAGUCAGGUUCACAACCCAGUGAUUUCGGAGCACUGCAGCCGUCCUCUCUUACAUGUCAAUCCUGGAGAAAACAAAAACGCGUCAAAUGACAUGACCGCGGUUGACAGCUCAAGGGCUCUCAAUCUUUGA